ACAACACAAAAAUGUACGUAUCACUGAAAGCAGGACCAGUGGUUCGGGCAAACGGCAGGAAACUCAACCAGCCUCCUUAUGUUGGUCUCUUUCCUCCAUUAAGGGCCCGUGUGAACUGCUCGCAUGACUUCCGUUUGUCUGUAAAAGACCUGGAUGGGGACAAGGUGCGGUGCCGCUUAGCCCAGCCUGAACAGGGGGAGUGUAUUGACUGUACUCCGUACCCCUUUAUACAACUGCAUAAGGAGGAGUGUAUAUUGACAUUCACUGGAGAAGCACCAGCAGGACAAUAUUUCAUCUACCUGAUGGUAGAAGACCUGAUUCCUUCACGCCAAAUAAGCCUUACCACAGACAGCCCACCCCUCAGCUCCAUCCCUGCACACCUCUCUCUCACUGUGGAGGAGUCAACUACCAGCUGCAGUGAUGAACCUAUAGUAACUGGUGGAACCCCCAAAAAGGACACCAUGCUGCUUGCCCUGCCAUACCAGCAGGUGAAAUUCAAUGUCAACUUUAUGUCACAACUGGAAAGUGUUUUGGAAGUAGCAGUGGUUGGUCCCCCUGAACUCUACAGGGUUGGCUUCCAAUUAGUUGGCCCUCUGGCAAUGAUGACCAUGUCCUGGGUCAGGUCUGGAAAUAAACUGGCCCGCCUUUUGCCAAUCUGCUUUGCUGCGAACACCAACAGUUUACAGUCAGAGCCCAGAUGCGUGUGGCUAUUCCAAAGGGAAAUGAAGGCACUACCUGCUGGAACAGAGCUGAGGUGUGACAAGAUGGAGAUGACGCUGGUGCUCCCUCUUACCUCCCUGAGAAACAUCAACCUGAACGAACUGCAGCCCAAUAGCUCCACGUGUCCCAUCACCUACAACAGCACACACUUGACUGCACACAUCUCCUUGGAUGGCUGCGGCACCAAGACUGUGGUAACAUACACGUAGC